AUGUCCGAGGCCAGUGAUGACUCAGAGGCCAGCAGGCCUGACCGCCCCAUGGAGCUGGGGUAUGUCUACGUUGGUGGCACUACGAAUUUCAACUUCAGUGUUGGCGCCCUCGCGGUUGGCGAGGAGUCAAAGACUGUGGCCAUUGCUCUUAUUACUGACUAUGAGGACCGGGUCGUCGUUGCAUUGCCCAGCAAAGCCUGGGAUAAGAGGGUGAAGCACCGUAAGGUUUCCAGCCCUUUUGCUCGCCCCUCCUUGGUCCAAGUUCUUGCUGCUGCUCCCGAUGACCGUGAGCAGCCCUCCGAUGCUUCAGUGAAGGUUUGGAUUGGUCUCCUCGCUCGACAGGUUGCUGCUGCGGUGGUCUUUGGAGGACUACCGGAGGAGUGCGACGUUGCUGAUGCACAGUUUGGUUUUGCUACAGCCCGCUCUGCAGCCGACCCUUCCCAAGAGGCUCGCCUACGAGCCAUCGAGGCUUCGAUUGAUAAGCUCUCCCGCGCCGUCUCCGCAGCCGUUGGGGCCGGCGCUCCAGGUGCAAAGGUUGCUGCCUCUACCAAGCAAGGUGCCAAGGCUAAGACGAAGGUAGGCCGUCCUCCUGAGUCGGUGCCGGGCACCCCGAUGCCAAGGGGCACCGCGCGUGAGGUCCCAGGCCUUGACCCUGCUGUUGUUCGGGCUGCCUUGGACGCUGGAAUCGAAAAGGGCCAGCUCGAGGAGCUGAAAGGCCUGUUGGGUGAGAAGCGUUCUGCCCUUCGCGACUUCCCGGCUCAGAGGAACGAGCUUGACGAUGCCGAGGGCCUUCUCCGGGGUCAAGAGUUCGGGGGAGCUUCUGGUUCUGAAGCGCCUUCUGAAGGUGUUGCUGGUGCUGGGGUUGCCUCCUCUCCGGUUGAGCAUGCCGUUGUCGCGUUGACAAAGAUCGUCAGCGAGCUCUCUCGAGGCCGGCGGGGCCCCGACAAGACGAACCUAGAGGCUGCGCUGGACAGGGCCGAAGGCUUCAGUACUGGGGCCGAGGGGUCUCUGAGCUCUUCUUCUGGGUCCCGCUCAAAGUCCACCGCCUACCGUGUCUUGAAGGAUGCGGUCAGAAAUGACCCGGCUCAGGUUUACAGCAGCAUCGAGCGCCUCCUCGAGGAGGAUUUGCUGCACAGGCAGCUUGACGCUGGGCUUGCCGAUGCCAAGGCCACCUCGCGUGGCUGGCUAGAGCAUCGCUCGCAUCUCUCCUUGUAUCCCACAACGGUGCGUCUCCUGUGGGCUAUCACGGGAAUUUGGGACUGCCUCAGAUCUGACCGCCCCGACGAAGCCCGUGCUCGGGCAGCCUUGGCUGUGGCUGCCGCGGACCAGCAGGCGUUGGACGGGGGAAGCUGGGUUCUUGCAGAACACUUCUUGCUUGAGCAGGGGCCUCCGCUUUCGGCUUUCGCUAACCGCAGAAAUGCCCAGCUCGACCCCGUUGAUAGCUAUCACACGAGACUUUUUGAGCCGCGCUGGGCCGAGCUCUGCCUCCACAGAGUUCGUGAGCUUGAGCAGCACCUCGAGGCGAAAAAGAAGCUGGGGGGAAAAGGCCGUCCCGCUCCCCCUUCUGGCUCCGACUCACAAGCUGACCAAAGAGCCGACAAGCCCGAGCGCCAGGGCGGAAAGGGCGCAAAAGGCCCCUCCGGGGGUCAGCCGAAAUGA